AUGCCGUGCGUCCAGACCCAGCUCGGCUCCUCUCCACCCGGAGCCAGCGCCGCGGGGGAGCGCAGCUGCGAGUUCCUCACCCCGGAGUUUGUCAAGUUCAGCAUGGAUCUAACGAACAGCGAGGUGUCCGCGGCCGGACCCGGGUUCGCGCCGCUCCCGGACGGUUACGGCUCCGGGUUCGACGUGAAGCCGCCCUGCCUCUUCCAGAUGCAGGUCCAAGGGGAGCUGCCGUGCGUCAAGGUGGAGGACGGGUGUCCGCGGUACCCGCCGCCGGAUGAGCUGCUCUCCCCACCGGGAUCAGUGUAUUAUUCCCCGCACGCCUCCAUCACGACCUUCCAGCCUCCCCCGGGACACCUCUGGGACGAACCGGGCUCCCUGUACAGUUUCCGGCAGGACUAUUUGUCCGCGGCGCACCGGAAGAACCCGCUGUCCAGGUUUUCCCUCUUCUCCCUCAAACAGCACAGAGCGCAGACUUUGUCCGCGUGCCACGUGAAACUGGACGGAUCUCUGCAGGUGUCCGUGAACCUGGACGCGCGCCAGCAGCUGGAGCAGCCCGGCGCGGGUUUGAUUCCUCGUCCCCUCCAGCUCACGCACCGACCGCACUUCAUGGAGGCGUGCGCGAGCCGUGGGGCGCUGAGCUCGGAGGGGCUGUGCGCGGUGUGCGGGGACAACGCAGCCUGCCAGCACUACGGAGUGCGCACCUGCGAGGGCUGCAAGGGCUUCUUCAAGCGCACAGUGCAGAAAAAUGCCAAAUACGUGUGUUUGGCUGUGAAAAGUUGCCCCGUAGACAAGCGCAGGAGGAACCGGUGUCAGUACUGUCGCUUCCAAAAGUGCCUAGCAGUGGGAAUGGUCAAAGAAGUGGUGAGGACAGCAGGUCUGAAAGGUAGAAGGGGUCGUCUGCCGUCCAAACCCAGAGCUCCGCCCGAGUCGGUUCUGCACGGCAGCACCCUUCUGAGCGCCCUCAUCAGAGCUCACGUAGAGUCGAACCCCGCAACAUCUCGUCUCGACUACUCCAAGUUUAAAGAGAGUCCAGGAAGUCUUCUGGGGGACGAUGCUCAACAUGUCCGGCAGUUUUAUGACCUCCUGACCAGAUCAAUGGAAGUCAUUCGGUGUUGGGCACAGAGGAUUCCUGGGUUUGCCUCGCUACCAAAACAUGACCAAGACCUCCUCUUCCACUCAGCAUUCCUUGAGCUUUUUGUUUUACGACUGUCAUACAGAUCAAACCCAGAGGAAGGAAAGCUAAUCUUCUGCGAUGGCUCGGUGUGGCAUCGGCUGCAGUGCCUGAGGGGCUUUGGCGAGUGGAUCGACAGUAUUGUUGAGUUCUCCGCCAACCUUCAAAGGAUGAACCUGGAUGUGUCCACCUUCUCCUGCAUAUGCACUCUUGCACUGGUCACCGAGCGCCACGGGCUAAAGGAGCCGAAGCGCGUGGAGGAGAUGCAGAGUAACGUGGUCAGAUGUUUGAAGAACAGUGGGAAUCCAGAAGGAGGAGGCUCGACACGCUGGAACAACCACUUGUCCAGACUCCUGGAAAAGCUUCCCGAACUCCGGACUCUGUGCAUCCAGGGACUUCAGAGGAUCUUCUACCUGAAGCUGGAGGACCUGGUGCCACCGCCCGCAGCAAUAGAUAAGUUAUUCCUGGACACGUUGCCGUUUUAG